AGAAAGCUGCUCUCAAAAGCGUGAGGGUUGCUGUUCAGAUUUGUUCAUAGGCGAUAGUCCGUCUAUAAUCAAAUGUUUGACAAUCCAUGCGGAUAAAAUACCAGCUGGCAGUCAAGAUUCCCUCAAAGUGUUGAAGUUCUUCUCGUGCUUCGUAGAGUGUUUUUACAAGAAGAACAAGUUCAUUGGUAAGAACAAUACACUCAAUAUGAAGAUGGUCCAACUGGAAGCGGAGAAUCUGUAUGCAGAGCAACCAAAAGAAAAGGAAUAUUUUGUGGCCACCUAUGAGAAAUGUCAGCCAAUAGUGUCUGAGCAAUACAAUACGUUGAUGACGUCACCACCAGCUAAGGCAGCACUUAAGCCCAUGUGUAGACCAUUCUUUUCACUCUUACACUUGUGUUUCAUGGAAUAUCACAAGAAGAAUGAAUGUCCCUAUUUUCGUUGGCAAAAAAAUGGCAAAUCAGAGGAAAGUACGGCCUGCAAACAGGCCAGAAAUAAAUGCUACGAAAUUGAUGGUAUCAGGCCGCAUGAAUCACAUACUCGUAAUGUAUAG